AUGUCCGACCAACAACAACCCCCAGAGAGCAACAGCGUCUCCACGCCCAACCCCCGCUUCGCCCCCCAAAACAAAACCGUCCAAGAGCGCGUCUCCUCCUCAACAGUAGGCCUCGUCAACCUCGCCGACUUCCGCAAGCGACGCGCCGAAGUGCUCGAGCAACAACACCGCGAAGUUCGCGAAGCCGCCAUCGCCGCUGCGCGUGGGACUGGGACGGCGAACCCCAAAGACUCAAACACAGAUACCAACAGCGCGGCUACGACGCCGUUAUUGGACCGGUCGGCUACGGGCACGCCUGCUCCAGGUACAGGUACGGACGCAGAAAAUGGGAAUGGGACGACGACGACAGGCGGCGAAGGAAAGAGCGAAGGCGAAACUGGCAAGAAGAAGACGACGACGACAACCGGGGGGGAACGAAAAGCGAAGAGGGUAAAGACCAGGAAAGCUCUUGUUAGCUUUGGGGACGAGGAAGAAGAGGGGGAGGAGGAAGUUGUAGUGGUGAAGAAGAAGAACUUGAAGGCGAAGAUACCAGUGACGGAGGAUGCACCACCGAAGACCGACGGCGAGGGCGAAGACAGGAAAGAGGAUAACGCGAUAGAGAACCCAACAACACGCGAAAGCAGCGCCGACGCUGACACAAGCGACGUCCCCAAAAAGAAGAAACUAAUCAACACCUCCGCCCCCAUCAUCCCGCGCGCCCUCACCAAAGCCGCUCUCCGCCGUGAAGCCGCCGAGCGCGAAGCCAUCCGCAAAGAGUUUCUGGCCAAACAAGCAGCCGUCAAAGCCGCCGAGAUCGCGAUCCCCUUUGUUUUUUACGACGGUACCAACAUCCCCGGCGGCAUGGUGCGCGUGAAGAAGGGCGACCACGCUUGGCUGUUCCUGGAUAAGUCUCGCAAAGUCGGCGCGGAGAGGGGCGUGGGGCAGGAUAAGAUUCUGAAUGCGAGGAGGGCGUGGGCGAGGGUUAGUGUGGAUGAUUUGUUGUUGGUUAGGGGGAGUAUUAUCAUUCCGCAUCACUACGAAUUCUACUUCUUCAUCAUCAACAAAACCAUGGGUCCCGGCAACAAGCGCUUAUUCGACUACUCCGACGACGCUCCUCUCCCAUCGGACCCCCCCACAUCCACAUCUACAUCCUCUUCAACUCCCGAUCCCACGUCCGCCGCCGCAGCCGCAGCAAUCUCGACUCCAGCAAGCAGGCUCGCUGCUCUCCCGGAUAUCAUGACCUUGGAGGGCGCAAACGACGACCCGACCUUCACCAAAGUCGUUGAUCGUAGGUGGUAUCAGCGGAAUAAACACAUUUAUCCGGCGAGCACGUGGCAGGAGUUUGACCCGGAGAAGGAUUAUCAGAAUGAGAUUAGGCGGGAUUUGGGCGGGAAUGCGUUUUUCUUUUCGAGGUGA